AACCGCGGCGAACGCGAAUCCCGACUCCUCCGACGACGACGGCAACCGCAACGACUCGCUCUAACCGACGCCGCGCCGUUAACCGCCAAUCGCGGGAACACUGCGCCGACGGAUCGAUCGACGAACGCCUAGCCAUCACCCAUCGCUGACCGCUGUCGACGAAACGCCGCGAAUCGCGCCACACGAAACGGUCUACACUGCCGACGGACGUGCGUACUGAGUUUAAGCUCAACAACGCGUAAAAUAUCAAACGUAACGUUAUAAUUGUCGACGCUUUUUCGUUCCGUCGCCCGCUAAACCGAUCGAUCGAUCGCCCGACGAGUGUGCUGUCCGUACCGAUCGUUCAAUCGGCGGCCGACGCGCAGCGUGCGCAUUUCCCUCUAUAGCGCUCAUCGGUUCCGGACUCGCCGUCGUGUCGGAGUUUCUUGCCGCCGUGACAUGUUUAACGCAAUACGUACGCACUACUGUCGCCGUCACCGCAGUGCCAAGACAAACCGCUCUCGGCGCGUAACGGCCGACAUUUUUUGUCGACCCGCGUAAGAGGAGCGAAUCCGUCAGAGUGAUUGUAUUUUCUUUCGUCGCCAUUACACCUCUCGGCGGACUCGACCAAAGAGCCCGUGACUCGAGCGCGGCCCGGUAAUAUUUUUCCCGUAGUCCGACGCCACAAUGGCGUUCAACGACUCCGCACCAGUGUUCGUCGAAGGAAACCCGAUCGGCGUCUCGAACAGACACACCUGCAAGAUGCGAAAUAAAAGAAUGUGGAAAUCGUUACGCGCGCACAUCCUGUCACGCCGAGAGAAGGACAAACAAGCUGAAACCGAUGCUGAACUUUUGAGAAAAAAGAAAUAUGCAGAAGAUCUAAAAAUACAAGAAAAUAGAUUAUCUUUAGCACAAAUUAAUGGUCGUUUAUCGGAACUACGAGACAAGCGUGAUGAGCUUGAAGAAGAAAAACGUGAACUCCUGAACCAGAAACAAACUAUUAUAAAUACUGUUUUAACAGUACCUGAGCCUAAGUGUGCAAACUAUGAUCGUAAAUUAGUUACGAAAAUCAAAUUUAAAAGUAGUAUAGUUCCAAGUAUUGAUUUUCUCGAUGAUCAACAACAACAACAACAACAACUACAACAACAACAACAACAACAACAACAUCAACAACCACAGCAGCAACAGCAUUUAUUAGACUUAUUGGAAACAAAACCUUGUAUGGAAUCUCCACCUCCUCUAUUUGAAAAAGAAUUCAGUUCAAUCUCUCAAUCUGUGGUAAUGCCUACAAAUGUCAAAGAAAGUAACAAAUCAAAUUUUUGGAUGCACCAACCAAAUUAAAUGUUAUUUCAACUAAAAAAUUAACAAAAUGUUAGUUACUGUAUUGCAGUCUAUAUUUAUCUUAAAUUAAUUUUUAUGAUGGGGUUUUUUUUUAAUUUGUAAACAUGUAUUUCCUUUUUAUUUAUAUAACUUAUUUUAUAUAAUUGGUAACCACUAUUAGCACUAAUUAAGUUUCAAUCAACAUAUGGUCAAUUAUAACUUAAUUAAUUCCUUUUUUUUAUUAUUCGUGUUUGAUAUUUCACAAUCCAAUUUUGUAUAUCAUUUGAUAACAUAAUUAAAAUGUAAUUUGUGAAAUGUCAAUAUAAUUUAAAGGGCGGUAAUGGUUAAUUUCCAAUUAAUAUUAAUUACAAUCCUAGCUUUUAUCUAACUAUUAAUUUAUUAUGAUCUUUAACUUGUCAAGCAAUGUUGCAUUUUUAUUUUUAAGUUUAA